AUGGGGAUUUUUAUGAGCUUCAUGGGAAAAGGGUUGCCAACAACACAGAUGUUAAGUUUGGUGAUGGGAACACUUUACAGGCAGUUCGUAGAGAAAGAUGUCGAAAACUUUGAGGACUUCCACAUGGCAAUCCUUGAUAUCUUCAACAACGUCAAUGCAGCAUUGCCCGGUAAACAUUAUGAUGUUCCACCGCGGAAAGAAAUUGAGGCAUGUUUUAUAGAAUGGAAAGAAGCCAAUGAAUCAGAAAGAAAGAAGCUGUUCAUGGACUUCAUGAAAAAUAGAGUGAAUCUUAGCAAGUUGGAUGACUCCACCCUCAUUACCGGACUGGUAACACCUCCAGCAGCCAUGGCAGUUAAGAGAGCCGGUGAAAGUGUGCCUCAGCUGAGAAUGAUCAAGGCCAUCCCCGAUGUCCUUUUCGUGCCCUCUGCCACAGUGCUGGCUCUUGUCUCAGUUAAGCUUUCCAGGAGGAUGUUCCUCGGAAAUGUGGCAUCCUGA